AGGGGGCGGCCGCAGUGGCCGCAUUUCAGUCAGUUUCUCGCUAUGGAUGGAAGACUCUACGUCUCAAUUGUAUGGUGUUUGUCUUGUUUUGUGGUGAGCACGAUCAGGUCGUCACCGGUGCACGACUCGAGACCACUCCGUAGGCCGCUCUCAACAAAUUACGACGAUGAAUAUCGGACUAAUUACGCCGAUUACGAGCAAAGUGAGCAGUGGUCGCGACCUCGUCGGCCCAGCACCACUUCGGCGGCCCUCAAGCUGACCCGAGGUGCUCGCAGCGCCGACCACCCUGACCUGCAGGUGACGGGAAUCAGGGUGGAGGUUGCUGAGCGCGACCCAACCUAUGAUGAGAAUGGAGUGCCCGUUCUGUUGGUGGGCAUGACGGCCACAAUCAGACUGUUUGGUCAAGGCUUCACAAAUGAGACCUCCGUGGCGGUCACGUCGGUGCCGGGCCUGCGAGGCGAGAACUGCCAGCAUCCAUCGAAUAAAGUCUUUCUCGUUGACGCGAAGAGCAUCAUGAAAACGUCCGCCCAGGCAAUGGUGCAAUUGCCGGACACCGCGCUCGACGGCACCACGUUCUACAUCUGCACCAAGAAGAGCAACAGCAGCAAUUGGGAAUAUGCUGGAGACGAAACAGAGACCUGGCUUCAAAUCAAGGCCUUUCAAAAGAUGCUGCCCCUGUGGCUGGGCAUCGUCAUCAUCGUUGUCCUGCUGGUGCUCUCAGGACUCUUCUCAGGCCUCAACCUGGGCCUGAUGGCGUUGGACAAAACCGAACUGAAAAUCGUCGUCAACACCGGCACCGAGACUGAAAGAAAACACGCACGGGCCAUCGAGCCGGUGCGGGCGCACGGCAACUACUUGCUCUGCUCGUUACUUUUAGGUAACGUGCUGGUGAACUCGACGCUGACCAUUCUGAUGGACGACCUGACCUCUGGACCGGUGGCCGUCAUCGGAUCGACCAUCGCGAUCGUCAUUUUCGGUGAGAUCAUGCCGCAGGCCAUCUGCUCCAGACACGGCCUGGCCGUCGGCGCCCAGACGGUGUACAUUACUAAAGCGUUCAUGAUCAUCACCGCGCCCCUUUCUUAUCCAAUCUCGCUGCUGUUGGAUAAAAUUUUGGGCAAGGAGAUCGGAAACGUGUACAAUAGAGAGCGACUUAAAGAACUCAUCAAGGUCACCAACGAGUACAACGAUUUGGAAAAGGAGGAGGUCAACAUCAUUUCUGGUGCGCUCGAACUCAAGGAAAAAAUCGUCAAGGACGUGAUGACGAGCAUCGAGGACGCAUUCAUGCUGCCUGAAGACGCGGUGCUCGACUUUGAAACUCUCAAUGAGAUUAGAGAAAAGGGAUAUUCCCGUAUUCCGGUCCACGAAAAGGGCAACAGGUACCACAUCGUUAACAUCCUGUACGCCAAAGAUCUCGCGUUUGUCGACUCGCGCCUCAACAUGCCUGUCAGCGUGUUUUGCAAGUUCCACCCUCGCAACUUUGAAUUUGUGUUUGAAGACGUCACGCUGGACCACAUGCUGAAAUUGCUGCGGGAAGGCUCCAAAGGGCAUAUGGCGUUCGUCCUCAAAGUCGUAACUCAAGACGAGAAGGACCCCUAUUACGAGUUGGUCGGCCUGGUUACUUUGGAAGACAUUAUCGAGGAGAUGAUCAAGGCGGAAAUUGUCGACGAGACGGACAUGUGGUCGGACAACCGGACAAAACGACAGUUGGACAGGAACACGUACAAUGUGUCUCUUUUCCUCGGCAAGCGCGAGAAACAAAAGCACGUCCUUUCGCCCCAGUUGACUUUGGCCGCCUUCCAAUUCCUCUGCACUUCGGUUUCUCCAUUCAAACCGGACGUCAUUUCACUUACGGCGCUGAGGAAACUGCUGGAGGAGGACGUCAACCGGCAGAUUAAACUGAAAAGAAAAGGAAUCAUGCAAGAUCCCCAGAGCCUAAUUAUUUACGAAAAAAACAAACCUGCUAAUUUCUUUGUCCUGGUUUUGGAAGGACUGGCCGAGGUGUCGAUCGGAAAUGAAAAUCUGGUCUUUGUGGCCAGACCCUUUACUUCUUUUGGAACAGAGUUUUUCAUGUCAGUUACCGAGUCUGCUUUGGUUGUGACUCCGCCAAGUCUACCCGAAUACCAGCCAGCAGAGUUUCUGCCUGACUACACGGUCAGGGCACACACAGACAUCACAUUCAUCAAGAUUCCGGUGUCUCUGUACAUAGCAGCCGUCCGGGCAACAAAACUCGACAAGAUGCGCGAGGAUGGAGGGGCCCUGGAGGACCUCGACCUUUCAAUGUAUAUGCUCCAGCAAGAUAAGGCACGCAACGAUCUCGGUGCCUCUCCAGCUUCAGAAGCACAGGAAGCUCCACAUUUUGCCAACGCCAGCAGUCCCAGCACUGCAGGCAACGGACCCCUGGUCAUUAAAGAGCGGGACCGCUUCAUGAGUUCCGGUCAAAUCUCGCCGCUGCCGCCAAGCCCGAGUGAAAGUCAAGGUCUUUUGCCACAAGAAAAUACACAAUUUUAGCAGCAGCCCCCGCGGGGUAACUCCAUGUUUCCCCGCAGGUCACGGUGAUGCAGGUUGGACCACUGGUGGUCAAGCACACUUGCACGCAGUGUCCCUUAUUCAUGUUGAUAGAAAUAAAAAGAGAAGAGCAUUCCUUCGAGUAAUUGUUAGAGACUCACUCUCUCGCCCUGUUACAGUAAUAAUUAUUUUACGAGGUCAGUUACCGCUGCAUGUGAUUAGCAAAAAAUAAAUAAAUCAGCCUGAAUUUAUUGGUGUACGACCAGUGUUAGGAAGAUUUUGGACCAGUUUAGGCAGUGCUCAUAGUAGAUUGUAGCUUUCCUUGGCCGAUUUUUGCUCUGCGAUGUUGGUGCCAUAUAUAUAUUUCUCGUAAUAUCAUAACUAAAUGCUUUCAGCCCAUUAUGAAAAGAAUUUCAUGUCAAAUUUAGUCAUUUGCAAGUUCCAUGCCAAUUGCUUGUACAAAUUGUACAUAAUUAUUUGUCAGUUUUAUUUGCACCAACUCAAUCUGUUUUAUUUGUCGGAAACUUUUUGGAGCUGCCUGCUGUAAGAAAAUUGCUCACAAAUGUAAUGUCAAAAUUUUUCAGUAUAGAAAUGCAGCAUUCGACUUGGGAAAUUUUAUAGAAAAGAAAUAUUAUUCGAUGUGAAUUAAUGAAAUAAGAUGGUAGUUGAAAACCGAGAACGCAGGUACAGGCUGUGUUGAAAUGCUAGAUCAGCCAAAUCAUUACAUUAUUGAAUCCUGUACCUGAAUAAAUCUUGUAAGAGAAAUUGUAUUUGACGACGUGGAAAUUAUUGUAUUUGUUAAUAAAAUGUAUAUUAUCAUCACCCUGAAUAUUAUCAUGCAAUUUGGAGUAAAAAGCCAAUACAUAAUUAUUUUUUAUUUCGUGCGAAAAAAAGUACUGUUCUAAUUUUUGACACCGUUAUAGCCAAAAAGUUUUGCAAUGCCAUUUCCAAUGAUGAUAAAAAAUAAUAAUUAGCAAAAUAUUUCAAUCUUGCUUGUGAGAAUAAAUCCUUAAAAAGUUUCAAAAAAGACACGAAAUUUUCAGCUCUUGAUUGAGAUUCAAUGACUCCCUAUAAAACUAACCCAAAAUGCUCUCAUGUUUAGCAAAUUCCGGAGCUAUUAACGUAUUUUGUUAUUCACUAAAUAAUCUGUAUGCUCUGCAAAAUUUAAAUAAAUGUGCUUUAAAGCCACAAUAAUGCCAUCUAACAAUAACAUUUUGUCAAAAGACAAGCAACGAAGUACAUCAAAAUAAUUAACUAUUUGAAAAAUUCUACGAAAUCAAACUAAUUUUCUUAAUCCAUAAAAGUUUAACAAUUGUAUUGGAACCAAUGAUCAUCCCUUAUUGCAAAGACAAAGAGAAAAUUGUGUAAGAAAUAUGCGUACCUGUAUCUAUAGAAAAACAUUUAAUUGUGUCCUCAAUGUCGUAAAAAUAGGAAAAUAUAUUGCUUUUAGUUUUUGGAGCAUUAAACUUGGAUAAAAUUAUUUUACAUGCAAGCAGUGUGGCUAUGUCACAGGCCGUCGCGUCAGAUAUAAUUGAUAAUAAUUAUUAUUAUCUGAUGAAGACGAGUAUGGAUGAUUUAAUUUAAUUUCGUUAGCUACAUAAAAAUGUUAGCAGUUUCGUUAUAAGAAAUAAACAUAAAAAUGAGCCUGAUGCAAGAUUAUUAAAAUAAAAUUAUUUUAUUGACAUUCA